AAUUAAAUUCAGAUACAAAACAGAACUAAGCGAAUAAGGACGUGAUUCUCCUUUUUAAAUAUACAAUAUUUUUUUUUACAUAUACAUAGAAAAAGAAAAAACCGAAAUAAAUGAAAACUGAAUAAGUUGUCAAAAUAAAAACGAUACAAAAAAAAACUAAGUGAUUGAAGUAAAACUUUUGGAUUUCAAAUUUUUAAGUAUAUAAAAAAUUAAAUAGAAAUCUAAACAAAAAACAUUUAGAUAAUUCUAAACAAAUAAGACGGAUUUUUUCUAACAACUUCAAGAAGUUUCUAGUACAAUAAAAAAACGCCUUUAUACAUCAUAGUUUGUUGAUACAUACAUACAAAAAAUAUACAAAAACAAAACCAACGUAGACAAGAAGAAAAGUAGGUGACAACAAAUUUGCAAAAAAACAAAUGUUCUUAUAUCUAUGACCAAUUAUUGACAUCACCACAGAAUUUCGUACAACUAUUUGCCGCUGAAUUUCCAUUUAUCUCAUUCGAACGCCAACAGUUGGUACAAACUUUAACUGCCAUGUCGACGGCAUUCCUGACCGCUAUAGCGGUUAUACUCUGCAUUCUAUUUCGCAUUUUAAACGUCAACAGUCAACCAUUGAAACCCAGUGUCUGGUGUCUGGAUCAACAGUUUUUAGAUUGUCUAUAUAAGAUUGCUCCAGUUUUAAAGGAACCCUACAUACCAACACGCUUGUGGGGUUUUAGUGGUCAUGUACAAACUGUCCUGCAUAGUAUUGUGGGACGCGUUAAAUGCCCUUGGCCGUUAGGCGAACGUGUUUACUUAUCCCUGGAAGAUGGUUCUACAUUAACGUAUGAUUUGUAUCAACCUCUAAAAGAAUUUGAAGAUGACAUCACCGUAGCCAUAUGUCCUGGUAUUGGCAAUUCCUCGGAAAGUGUUUAUAUACGCACAUUCGUUCACUAUGCACAAUGUCAUGGCUAUCGUUGUGCAGUCCUUAAUCAUAUUGGUGCCUUAAAUAGUGUCCAAGUCACCGCCUCGAGAAUAUUCACAUAUGGUCAUACUGAUGACUAUUCCACAAUGAUUGAGAAUCUAACGGAAAAAUAUAGAGAUACACAUAUUGUUGCGGUGGGCUUUAGUUUGGGUGGUAAUUUGGUUACCAAAUAUAUGGGCGAAAGUGACAAGAGAAAACCACAAAAUAUCAUUGGUGGUAUUUCAAUAUGCCAGGGCUAUAAUGCCGAAGAAGGCACCAAAUGGCUACUAAAUUGGCAAAAUUUCCGUCGUUUCUAUUUAUACAUAAUGACUGAAAAUAUGAAAAAUAUCAUUUUAAAACAUCGUCACGUCCUCCUGUCGGAGGAGACACGCCAGCGUCAUAACUUAAAUGAGCGUGAAAUAAUUGCAGCCGCCACACUGCCUGAACUGGAUGAGGCAUAUACAAGACGUGUUCAUAAUUUCCCCACAACAACUGACCUUUACAGAUGGAGUUCCUCUUUACACUAUUUUGAUAAAAUUGAAAAACCAAUGAUAUUUAUAAAUGCCAAAGACGAUCCCUUAGUACCAGAAGAUUUAUUGCCGCCCAUUAAGAAUUUUGCCGCAUCUCGUCACAAGACUUGUUAUGUCGAAUUGGCCCAUGGUGGUCAUUUAGGUUUCUAUGAAGGUGGUCUUAUAUAUCCCAAUCCUGUUACCUGGUUAGAUCGUACAUUAAUAUCAAUGAUUGGAGCAUUAUUUAUGAUCCACAUAAAUCCCACAAAACAUCAGAUCUCAGCAACGCAUUAAAAGAGCUUACAAAAAUAUAUUUAGCUUUAUUUGUAAAAAUACAAAACAACAUUUAAGGGAAAAUAUUAGAAUAUAUUAAAUAGUUUUUUUUAAUAAAAAAUUUAAUUUAUAUUAAAACUGAUAAAAUAACAUUUACAACAAAAGCACACAUUUUAUAAACAAUAAACUUAAAAUAAUAAACACACUUAAAUUAUACACAACAUAGUUAUUACAACAAAACAAAAUAAAUUACCAAUAGUAUGUAUUGUGCUUUAAGAGAAGAAAGGACAUAAAAGGAACAAAAACGUAUUGUUAUGUAGAGGAAGUAACCAAAAAACAAAAACUUUAUUAACAAAAUUGUGUUUUAUGAAAACUAAUUUUGACAAAAAACGAUUUUUAGAUAUUAAAAAUAUUCAAUAACUUUACAAAAUAUAAACUGAAAAAAAAA